UGCCUCUAUGGUUUAUGGCUACCCAUGAUAAUUUUUGAGUUGUCAAAAAAUAUAGUUAUUUUCGGAAUAUUCUGAAAAUGUUAAUCAUUAUUCUUUAACUACUUGUUAAGUUUCAAUGUUUUUCACUUUUACGUUAGUUUAAAGUUUAAUUCUUUGUAAAAUGGAGUCAGAUUCCGCGCUUCACGUUGAUGUACCUGAUGGCGCGGAAGUGUUACCUUUAGACGAAAACCAAGCUGGCGAUGCUAUCGAUGCUUCUGAUAAUAACGUUACAAGUAACGAGGAAGCUGCGGCUGCUGAAGAAUCAGAAGCUAUUGGAGCGACAAAUGGAGGCCCCACCAGCAGCAGCGAUGGCUUGGAUAUUGAUGCUUCAGCACAGUUAGCAGAAGGCGAUGAGCACCAUGCUGAACAAGCAAAUCCUGAAGCGGAGGCAGAGGAAGAAAUGGAUAUUGAUGACACCACAACAACGGGAACUGUUGCUGAUGAAUCUGCCUACAUCGGAGACAACUGCUUGUCUACACCGGAUACUGAGAGCCAGUUGGACCCUAUGAUGAAGGAACAGAGUUUGGAUGAGGCUGAAGGCUUGGCAGGAGCUGCUGAGGAGUCACCAGAUCAGUCCAUCAGCUCUGCCAUGCCCACUGACAGUGGCGUUGGCGAGGGAGAUGGUGCUCCAAUAGUACAGGACGAUGAAUCGAGUACUAUGGAUGAAGAUAUGGGUGGUUGCGAGGGUGUCGCAAGUAGUGACGAUGUCAACGAUAUUAGCAGUGCAGCACAGGAUGUCCUUAGCACUGGUAUAAGUUCAAGCACAGCGGAGGGUGGUGCUGAUAUUUCGAGUAGUGGGCAAACAGAGGGAGCUCUUAUAUCCUCCACAGCAAAUGGACCAGCUGUUCUACAUUCAUUCUCGCUCACACCUCAGCAACACCAGCCUAAUGAAUUUAGCGACGCAGACACUUCGGAAAUGGAAGGUGCAGCGGACACGAUGCCAACAGUGAGCGAAUCUAUGCCCUUGCUCACUAUGACUGCAAAUGGAUCUGCACUACUCUCACCAACAUUGCUACCAGGCGAGGAGGGCGGCGCGGGCGUGUCGUCGUCGGUGGCGGCGGAGGGCGGCGAGGCGGCGGGCGAGGGCGAGGGCGCGGUGAGCAGCUCGGUGGCGGCCAGCAACGGCGCGCCGCCGCUGCCGCCCGCCGACGCCGCGCACGCGCUCGCCACGCUCGCCAGCGCCGCGCUGCACCAUCAGCACGAACAGGCAGAAUCUGAAGAACCAAAGCAACAUGACGAAGAUGCGUGGUACACUGUGGGGAUCGUGAAAGGGAAUUCGUUUACGGUCCAGAACUACAUUUCUGAUCCAAAUGUGGACUUGUCGAACUUGUCACUGGAUAAUCUACCAGACUUGACUGGGCUACCAACCACGGCACUUGAACACGGCACAGCCUACAAAUUCAGAAUCGCUGCUAUCAACUCUUGUGGGCGCGGCGAGUUUAGUGAAGAAUCUGCUUUCAAGACCUGCUUGCCAGGUUUUCCUGGCGCUCCAUCCGCCAUCAAAAUAUCGAAGUCAGUGGAGGGUGCACAUUUGUCGUGGGAACCGCCACAAGUUGCCGCUGAAGGAAUAUUUGAAUAUUCCGUGUACCUAGCAGUGCGGUCGACUACACCAUCAAAGGAGCCAACGAAAUCGCAACUAGCAUUCGUGCGAGUGUACUGCGGCAAGGCGAACACAUGCGUUGUCCCGCAGGCUUCCCUGAGCGCGGCCCACGUGGACUCGUCCACAAAGCCCGCCAUUAUAUUCCGCAUCGCCGCACGAAACGAGAAAGGCUACGGACCAGCCACUCAAGUCAGGUGGCUGCAAGAUAUAAAAUCUACGGGCGUGAAGAGGGCGGGCGAAGGCAGGCUACCGGGGGCUUCACCAUCCAAACAACCCAAGCAAAUGUUGCACUAAGUGUUGAGUUUGUGACAGUUUUUAGACGUUUAAUAUAGACCAAUACAUUAGUUUGUACAGGACUACAGAUUAUUAAACAAGUUUUGUUUUAAUCAAGGUUAGUAUCUUACUAACUACGUUAUUUUUAGUAUAAGUCACUGUUGAGAGUGAAAUCUCAUUAUGUCGAUUUUAUAAACACAGAAAUCUUCACCUAUCAAACAUUAUAUACAUUUGACUUAGCCUCUUUCCUCUAGCUAGUAUUAAUAAUGUUGAUUGUAAACUAUAAUUUUAUGGACUUGUUACCGUUGUUCACGCCAGACGGUAAGACUGAUAUGUAUUAGACGCAAUGAAGUGGAUUGCUAAAUAUGGAAAUGUUAUACACAUAUCUGUGGAAUAUAAAUAUGGAAAUAA